CUUUUCUUCUUCCUACAAACCACAAAACAAAAACACCAACACUAAAAUAGCAAAUUUCCCCCAAAAACAACAUUCCACAAACCCCCCAUUAAAAUUAAAAGAGAGAAGCCUUCCCGGUCGCUGCGCCGCCAUUGCUGUUGUCCCUAGAGAAUGAAGCUAUGGCGAAAGGCUGCCGGAGCAAUCAAAGACCGAAAUAGCAUUUGGAUGGCCAGCCUUUCCCGCCGCACGCCAUACCGCCACCCCGACCUUGAGGCAGCAAUCAUUCGAGCCACCAGCCAUGACGGCGCUAAAAUCGACUACACCAAUGCCCGCCGCGUGUUCGAAUGGAUCAAAACCUCUCCAAUCUACCUCAAGCCUCUCGCAUGGGGCCUCUCAUCCCGAAUGGAAAAAACUCGAAGUUGGGUUGUUGCCCUAAAGGGUCUUAUGCUCAUCCAUGGAAUUUUUUGUUGCCAAGUACCGUCGGUCCAGCGGAUCGGACGGUUGCCAUUCGACCUCUCAAGUUUUAAAGAUGGUCAUUCAAGUCCUUCCAAGACUUGGGGUUAUGAUGCGUUUGUGAGAAGCUAUUAUGCAUAUUUGGAUCAGAAGUCAGCGUUUAUAUCUUCUGAGACUAAGAAUUUUAAGAAAGGAUUGAAACCCUCAUUGUUGGAAGAGUUGAUUAAGCUUCAAAGUUGGCAGUCUAUGUUGGAUAUGUUGCUUCAAGUUCGACCAUUGGAUGAGAAUAUGAAGGGUGAUUUAGUCUUGGAGGCGAUGAACAAUCUCGUCAUAGAAGUAUUUGACGUUUACAGCCGAAUAUGCAACGGAAUAGCUCAAGCUCUAUUGAAAAUUUACGCAUUACCGGCGAAAACCGAAGCGACGAUGGCGCUUCGUGUUGUCCAAAAAGCAGCAACCCAAGUUGAAGAAUUGUGUCAAUAUCUUGAGGUAUGUAGAGAAAUGGGUGUUCUGAAGGCAUCUGAUGUCCCAAAAUUGGAGAAAAUCCCAGAAGAAGAUAUUAAAGAGCUUGAGCAAAUCAUCAAUGGAAGUGUAAAUAACAAUAAAAAUAGGAAAAGAAAAAAUGAUGAAGUUAUUGAAGAAGAGAAAAAAAAGGAGAAUAAUAACAAAGGAGGAGAUCAAAUAAUGAGUGAAAUUAGAAAAAAAGGGCCAAAUAAAAGGGUUUUGAAGACUGUGAUUACUGACAAAUGGGAGAUAUUUGAUGGAGAUUGUUCAUCAAGAACUACUUUACAAGAUCAACACCAUUUUCCAAGCUGUUCUUCUUCGCUUUUGAGUGUUGUUUCUCUACCAAAUUAUAAACAAGAUUUACCUGAUUUGAUCACUUUCUAGGGCAUCUUCAAAAUACAUAUCAGGUAAUUAAUUUUAUUCAUUCUCAGUACAUACCAGAUAACUUGAUCUUCUUUUUUUUCUUCUUUUUUUUCCCUCAUUUUUUAGUUACAAAGAAAAGAAGGAACUAAGUUAUUUGUCUACUCUCUCUUUUUCCUAAUCCAUUUUGUAUUAAUCUUCCA